CCUGUGCCUCGGCCCGGGCACAUGCGACUGGGGCUCUUGGAGACAAUCAGCUGCAGUCAACACCAAUCAUGCCCCUGGAUCUCCGCCCAAAGAGGGCCAAGACAGCUGGAAACCCGGGGAUGGAGUGGAUCCCCGGUGUAAUUGUUAGGUCAACUCAGCUAAGCUAACAUUACGGUCAGGACACUUUCAUCUGACAUCUCGGACUUGUUCAUUGCCUAUGCCAAACACCACGACAGCAUCACGACCAUAACAGUCGACACCGACGAAACCAUGGCUCCCAGAAAGAACGCGCAGUCCACGGCUGCCGAGAUCUCCCUGGUCCAUCUCCAAAACUGCUUCGUCAACCUGCCACCGUCACUGGCAUCCCUUCUCUCCAAUGUCAACACGCCCGCCCAGAAUGUCAUUGUCGAGCUCAACUACCGCGUCCAGUCGACCCCUGACGCCAUCGCUUCGGGCGCCCCCCCCUCCGUCAACAAGAACAUCUUCGUAGGAUGGACCGGCAUGCCCAGCAAGCGCAAGGUCAACCCCAUGGUUGGGAGUCACGGUAUCGACAGGACACGGUCUACUUCGUCGCGCGACCAGGAAAUCCCCCUCGUCGAGAUCGACACCACUCUGGCCGGCACCCUGGGCCUCAAGGAAGGGCAGAAGGUCAUGGCCACAGUACACUUCGACCCGCCCAUGGCCACCACCGUCAACAUCGAACCCCUUACACCCGACGACUGGGAAAUGAUUGAGCUACACGGUACCUUCCUCGAAGACAACCUGCUGUUCCAAGUCCGCGCCAUUCCCAACCCGGUCUACGCUCCCGGCGGCGUUCCCUCUACACCACAUCCCCUAACCCUACACUUGUCGCAAACGUCAAAGGCCAACAUCAAGGUCAUCUCCAUCGAUCCUCCUCUGCCUCCUGACGCGCCAUGCGCCAAGAUUGCCCCCGAUGCCGAGAUCAUUGUGGCGCCCAAGGUCCGCUCCAAGACACGCAGUAGCAAGGAUAACAGGAGUGUGGGUGGAAACUCCAAGAAGAGUGGGAAGAGCUCGGCAAGCACAAGUAGGAGAAAGAAGGAGGAAAAGACGCCGCCCGUGUUUUUGAGGGGUAUCGACCGGAAACAUCUCCAGGAAUGGUUCGACGACGAGAAGCCGACCGACGAUCUUAGCGUGUGGGUUGACCGCGAUUUGUUGACAACGGGAGACUUGAAGGGGGCCAAAUAUGUGUCUGUUACUGUGGUGCGCCCGGCUGGGUUACAACCGACAACCGAUGCCCCUGUUCAGCCCGAACAGGUCGAUCCCGCUUCGGCGCCAUCGACCAAGAUUGUGGCUCACCUCCGCGGAUGGGAUGACCCUCCUGAUGGGCAGGUAGCUGCUCUUUCGUCGCCUCUUGCUGCGGCGCUUGGAAGCCAUGGAAUGGUCGGUGGAGUGGUCAAGAUUGAGGCCGCUUCAUCUCCUUUGGGCAAGAAGAGCGUGGACAAGGACGGUGUUUCGCGCGCUUCGCUUACAAAGAUCAACAUCUACCCGUUUGCGUCGGCAAAGACUGCGGCUUCUGCUGGUGGUUUAAAGUUUGGCGGUCAGUCCAAGGCGGAAAAGGAGGAGGCUGCUAAGCAGGUCGACCACAUCUACGGACCUGAAGGCACUGGGAUACUGUCUGGGCCUAUCACAGAUGGCCAGGUGCUGGCGCUCUAUGAUGGGUUUGACUGCCCCCGUGGCUGGGAGGGCGGCAUCAUCAAGUUUGAGCCCGCACCUGCUACUCAGGCAUCUGGAAAGAAGCCAUUGAGCUGGGUUCUUGGAUCUGACUGGAAGGUUCCCAUUUCUGUUCAGGCGCCUAUCGGCAAGCCGGCGUGGUUGACAGAGGGUGACGGUGACUUGUCUUUUGAGACCUCUGACUCUUUGCUAGUUGGGAUUGAUUCGCUGUUGGAGAAGCUCCAGUUGCAUUUGACUCACAUGUCUUCCGUCCUUCUUACCGGUGGCCAGGGUUCCGGCAAGACAUCUGUGGCACAGUCCGUUGCCCGCACGUUGCGGUCAACCCAGCUCUAUCACACCACGUACUUCCCAUGCACAAAGCUUGUCAAUGACGAGAGCAGGAUAUCCAACAUCAAGGAGACCUUGAACCAUCUUUUUAUGGCAGCCAGCUGGGGCGCCAGACUGGGCGGCAAGGCGGUCGUUGUCCUGGAUGAUCUCGACAAGCUCUGCCCGUCGGAACAGGAGCUCCAAGUCGGAAACGACAAUGCCCGAAGCAGACAAAUCAGUGAAGCCAUCUGCUCCAUGGUUAAGCAAUACUGCGGUAAAGACAGCAACGUCGUUUUGCUUGCUACCUGCCAGGGCAAGGACUCACUUCACAACGUCAUAGUCGGUGGUCACGUCGCCCGUGAAAUCGUUGACCUGAGCGCUCCCGACAAGGAGACAAGAAGACGCAUCAUGGAAGCCCUCACCAAGAAGGACGCCGUGCCGGUAGAUGGCGAAAUUGCCGACGGAGAUCUCGACAGCCGCCCGCCCACCCGCGAUGGCAGCACCACCGGUGGCGAAGACGGCGACGGCUGGAUGGAAGGCUCCAACCAGCCCACGCCUAAGAAGGCUACCAAAAAGCCCAGCGGCUUUGUCCUCGACGCCGAUCUCGACUUUCUCGACAUCGCCGGCCAAACCGACGGCUACAUGCCCGGCGAUCUCAUUCUACUCAUCUCCCGCGCCCGCAACGAAGCCCUCGGCCGGUGCGUAGGUGAAGCCCUGGACAAGGACGUCUCCACCAUCCACCUCGCGCGCGCCGACUUUGACGCCGCCAUCUCCGGCUUCACGCCCGCCUCCCUGCGCAACGUCACGCUUCAGAGCUCGUCCACCACCUUCUCCUCCAUCGGCGGCCUCACGGAGACGCGCCAGAUCCUCCUCGAAACCCUGGAAUAUCCCACCAAGUACGCGCCCAUCUUCGCCCAGUGCCCUUUGCGCUUACGUUCCGGUUUGCUUUUGUAUGGCUACCCCGGUUGCGGCAAGACCCUCUUGGCGUCCGCCGUAGCAGGCGAGUGCGGCCUCAACUUCAUCUCCGUCAAGGGCCCCGAGAUUCUCAACAAGUACAUUGGUGCCUCGGAAAAGUCCGUGCGCGACUUAUUCGAGCGCGCCAGCGCCGCCAAGCCGUGCGUCUUGUUCUUCGACGAGUUCGAUUCCAUCGCUCCCAAGCGUGGACACGAUUCCACGGGCGUUACCGAUCGUGUGGUCAACCAGCUUUUGACGCAGAUGGACGGUGCCGAGGGUUUGUCAGGGGUGUAUGUCCUGGCUGCUACUUCGAGACCGGAUCUGAUUGAUCCGGCUUUGUUGCGUCCCGGUCGUUUGGAUAAGUCGCUGCUGUGCGACUUCCCGAAUCUGGAGGAUAGAUUGGAUAUCAUCAAGGCUCUUACGCAGAAGGUUCGUGUCGACGAAAAAGUCUGGUCCUCGGAGGAGGACUUGCUCGAACUUGGCAAACGCACGGAUGGGUUCACGGGCGCUGAUCUGCAGGCGUUGGUUUCCAAUGCGCAGUUGGAGGCUAUUCAUGAUGCUUUGGCUGAUAUGGGCACCGGUAUGGUUUCCCAUUCUCGCCGUGGCGUGGCUUCCUCCAAGUCCUCGGGAAGAAACGACUUCGUGCAGUUCCGCUAUGGAGACGAGGUCGAUGGCGCUGUGGCGAAGAACAUCUCCGCGCCCAGAACCAGAGCGGCCGAGUUGGCGGAGAAGGCGGCUAUCAGCGCCAAGCUGGAGACGCUGAAGAUGAUGCAGAAGAAGGCGGCUAGACAGGCUGCUGCUGCCGCCCAGGUCAAUGGAACUGAUCACAAGGCGGUUAACGGCACGGUGGGUGGUGGUGGUAAGGAGGAUGCUGGUGGUGCGUUGAACAAGGAGGUGGUGGUUAAUUGGAAGCAUUUGUACAAGGCGCUGGAGGCAACCAGGGCGUCGAUCAGUGUUAAGGAGAGAAAGAGGUUGGAGAGGAUUUAUCAUGAGUUUGUGGUGGGCAGGAGUGGGGAGAUGAGGGAUGGGCAGGGAAGUAAUGAGAUUGGUGGGAGGAGUAGUUUGAUGUGAUGUAAGCGGAAAGUAAGCAAGCAGUCGGUAGAGUAGGUAUUGAUGGAUGGAUGGUAGAGGUUUGUUUUGGUUAGAAGAAGGAAGCAUGUAAUAGUAUAGAUCUAGAACAGAGUUGGAAAGUAAAUAAUUCAGGGUUAAUAGUUGA